GCGUAUAUCCUGUCCGGUGGAUUGGUUUGGUAUUUUCUGCGACUGCGAGCGAUUGGUUCAGAAAAAUUAGACCUGCCUUUCGGAUAUCUGCUUUCUUCUUGUGCUACCUGUUCACUUCUUGUGGAAUAUCCAUUAUUGCCUUUGCUCCUAGUCUUGCCUUUCUCAUCCUCUUGGUUUCUGAAUUUUCCACCCUAGUUUCUGCAAUUUCUACACGGAUUAGUUGAGCGUAGGUACACAGGGCAUCUGUCCUUAGUAGGAGCGAUAAGGUUAAAAAUGGAUGACAUCGAGCUGAUUCUGAACAGUAAAGUCCUAUUUUUUCCAUUAAAAAACGAAGAAUAAAGAAAUGGCAUAGUGGGAACCGCUUGUUUUAUCUUCUGUCUUGUGGUUCUGAGCACUCUAGAUUGAUAUGCAGGGAAAUUUGUCGUCCUUGGGCACUGUAAAUGCAAAACUGUAGUUUCAUCGCGAAAAUCGGACUGGUCUUUAGCACAAAUGGAAGCGCUGUUUGAAGUAGUAGCGCAGGGGUGACAAGAUGAAGAUGUCUGCGUUCCUUCCGCUGCUCGUCACUCUCAUAUCUGCAGCCGCCACACUUCCAUCGGAGGCGCUCAGCGUGCGAGGCCAGCUGCUCAAGUCCCAGACGUUCCUGUCGCCGCCCAUCUUCCUGCGCCCCGGCUCCGUCUCCAACAAGUGGUACCACGACAUCGCCUUCCCCCGCGGCCACCUCGCGCUCAAGAGCUUCAACGCCGAGGUCGUCGACGACCACGGCGUCCCCGUCCCGCUCCACGAGACCUACCUCCACCACUGGCUCGUGGAGCCCUACUACGCCCCCAAGGACGGCGCCGCCGGCGAGGCGCGGAACCGCUCCAAGAUGAUCCGGCAUCGGAACUCCGGCGUGUGCAGCCAGACGCUGGGGCAGUACUACGGGCUCGGGUCCGAGACCCGGCACACGGCGACGUGGGUGCCUGACCCCUACGGCAUCGAGAUCGGCGACCCGGCGGCGGCGCCGGAGGGGUACGAGGAGAGGUGGCUGGUCAACGUGCACGCCAUCGACACGCGCGGCGCCGUCGACAAGCUCGGAUGCACCGAGUGCAGGUGCGACCUGUACAACCUGACGGUGGACGAGUUCGGCCGCCGCAUCGCCGACGACUACGCCGGCGGGCUGCUCUGCUGCUACGAUGAGACCCGGUGCAAGGUCGAGGAAGGGUUCGUCGAUGUCGAGGCGAGGAAGGUAUUCCUGCGGUACACCGUGGUGUGGCAAGACUGGAGCGACGCGGUCUUGCCGGUGAAGAUCUACAUCUUCGAUGUCACUGACAGAGCUCUGCUCGAGGGGAAAACCGAGACUGCUUGCAGGGUUGAGUACCUGGUCGAGGAAUGCAGCUCAGAGAACCGGGCCAAGAACGACUGCGUCCAUGUUCAGGUGGCCAAGCAGAUCCUGCCGCGGGGAGGCGACAUCGUGUUCGGCGUCGCGCACCUGCAUUCGGGUGGCAUCGCCGCUUCUCUGCACGGCGAGGACGGCCGGCUGCUGUGCGAAUCGACGGCAACCUACGGCGAUGGCCAGGAGGCCGGGAACGAGGCGGACUACAUCGUCGGCAUGUCGACGUGCUACCCGAAGCCGGGCGCCGUGACGGUGCGCGACGGCGAGGUCCUGACCGUGGUGUCCAAAUACAGCAGCCACCAGCAGCACACCGGAGUGAUGGGCCUCGUCUACAUCCUCGUCGCCGAGCACGGGCAGCCGCAGCCGCAGCAGCUGCCGGCCGCCGCCGGCAAGCCCGGCCUGUGCUUCAGCUUCCCAGUCUCAUGGUGCCUGCCGUCAUGGCUGUCGAGCAACCUAUGAGAAGAAUUUAGUAUAGGGUCUUAUAACUGACAAGAGUAUAAUUAAGAGUGUUAUGGCCAAAGGAGCAAGAGAAAAAACUAUCAGACAAAUGACACGGUGGAGCAUUAUUCUAGCUGUCUUGAUGGACCAUCAGUCAGUCAGUUUCUUGAAGGGCCCGCAUACUUGUGUUAGGGUGGGUUUUGCAGUAUCAGUAGCAAAAGAACUGUUAUAGGGAAUAACUCCUACACGGAUUACUUGAGUUACUGUAAGUAGAUGUACAAUCUAUUGUAAAAAAAAAUAUUGUGAUUACAUAUGCAUACCACCAACAUUUUCACGUC